ACGGCGGAGCUCGAGGUGCCACGCAUCCUUAUUCCACGGCCCGGUUUAAACAAAUACACGCCGGUAAUUCGCUUCCGAGGUCCGGGGUUCUGAAAUAAACUAUAAAAUUAGUGUUUUUUUUUUUAUUUGAACGACUUAGAAACAUCAUGUUCAGCUGGUCGAACAAGGAGCAGGGCGGGAGGAAUAAGGAAAGCGAGAUGUUUCAGACCGUUACCGAAGGUCUGCAGAGUCUCUACACCAAAAAAUUACUGCCUUUGGAGGAAAUGUACCUUUUUCACGAGUUCCACUCGCCGGCGUUGGAGGCGGCGGAUUUUCAGAGCAAGCCCAUGGUGCUUCUCGUGGGCCAGUACUCCACGGGGAAAACUACAUUUAUAAGGUAUCUGCUGGAGCAGGACUUCCCAGGCAUGCGGAUCGGACCAGAACCCACAACGGAUGGAUUCAUCGCUGUGAUGUACGGGGAAAACGAGGGGGUGGUCCCAGGCAACGCCCUGGUCGUGGACCCUAAAAAACCCUUUCGCAAGCUCAACGCCUUUGGAAACGCUUUCUUGAACAGGUUCAUCUGCUCCCAGAUGCCCAAUCAGGUGCUACAGAGCAUCAGUGUCAUCGACACACCAGGGAUCCUCUCUGGAGAGAAGCAGCGCAUCAGCCGAGGCUAUGACUUCUCGGAGGUGCUGCGCUGGUUCGGGGAGCGGGUGGACCGCAUCAUCCUGCUGUUCGACGCCCACAAGCUGGACAUCUCCGAUGAGUUCUCCGAGGCCAUCCGGGCCUUCCGCGGCCAGGACGACAAGAUCCGCGUGGUGCUCAACAAGGCAGACCAGGUGGACACCCAGCAGCUGAUGCGCGUGUACGGCGCCCUCAUGUGGUCGCUGGGCAAAGUGAUCAACACGCCGGAGGUGGUGCGUGUCUACCUGGGCUCCUUCUGGGCCAAGCCGCUGCAGAACACCGACAACCGGCGGCUCUUCGAGGCCGAGACCCAGGACCUGUUCCGGGACAUCCAGAGCCUGCCCCGCAACGCAGCACUGCGCAAGCUCAACGACCUCAUCAAGCGCGCCCGUCUGGCUAAGGUGCACGCUUACAUCAUCAGUCACCUGAAGAAGGAGAUGCCGUCUCUGUUUGGGAAGGAGAAGAAGAAGGAGGAGCUGAUCAGCCGUCUGCCAGAGAUCUACACCACCCUGCAGCGGGAGCACCACAUCUCCCCCGGGGACUUCCCCAACGUCACCAAGAUGCAGGAGCAGCUGCAAAAUUAUGACUUUAGCAAGUUCCCUUCGCUCAAGACGAAGCUGAUCGAAUCUGUGGACAAGAUGCUGGCCAAUAAGAUCGCCGGGCUGAUGACGAUGAUCCGGGAGGAAGAGAGCAAGCAGCCGCCGCAGAUGGUGACAGGAGGGGCCUUCGAGGGUGCACAGGACGGGCCGUUCGGACAUGGGUACGAGGAGGGCAUCCGAGCAGGGGCGGACGCCGAGGACUGGAUCGUCAGCCGCGACAAGCCCAAGUACGACGAGAUCUUCUACACUCUCAUGCCGGUAAACGGAAAGAUCUCCGGCGGCAACGCCAAGAAGGAGAUGAUGAACUCGCGGCUGCCCAACUCGGUGCUGGGGAAGAUCUGGAAGCUGGCGGACUGCGACAGGGACGGCAUGCUGGACGACGAGGAGUUCGCCCUGGCCCAGCACCUCAUCAAGAUCAAGCUGGAAGGCUUUGAGCUGCCCACAGAGCUGCCCGAUCACCUGGUGCCUCCGUCACACAGGAAGAACCCCAUCGCCGACACCCUCUACAACCACGAGGAGGACUAAACACCAGGCUGCAGGCAGCAACGCCCACUCCCCCCAAGGGGGGGAGCGCGGUGCCCCCUGCAGGCACCAGACAGAAAUGCAGGUAGUGACCAUCAGGACCAAAGGAGCUCUGGCUGUGGAGUGUGUGAGAACUGCAGGAUGGGAAAGAGUCAAACAGUGAUGGGGGUGUCCUUGGGGGUGGGUGGGGGAGGUGGAUGGGGUUGUGGCUUCACUGAGGAGAACCCAGGGGUUGUGUUUCUUAAGAAGUAUCAGUGAUAUUCCUUACCAUUACGACUGAGCUCACAUAAUGAGCUUGUACAUAAUCUUUACACGGCUGAGCUGCCAUAUGUAAUAGAUGGAUAGGCUGGCUGCUCUCUACCAGUGAGCAUAACUUUAUUUAUUUUGUAAAUAAUUAGUGACUGUGUAAAUUGAAAAAAAAAAAAACUAAGAGGAGAGGAUGUUAUCAGGUUAAUGCUUUCAGUAAAAACCCUUCCCAUGGGUUUGAGUCUCUCCAAACAGCAGGAGGGUCAUUUCAGCCUAUCCAGAUGAUUAUGUAGAUCAGUGUUUCAUGAGACAGGUGUAGAUCCAGCCAGGUGUGUUCCGUGUGCUUACUGCUUUCAGAUCAUAACCCCAGGGGCCCUGAAUUUGGCAGUCAGGUUACUCGUAUCCAUGUCAAAUGAGAGAAAUAAAAAAAUAUAUAUACUUCAAUUUUAAAUUAAUAAAUAUAUUUUGAAUAUCUGUUUUAGGGGGUGUCCAAAUGUGUUCGCUUUCUGUAUUCUUUUUUUUGUCCAGACCUGCUUCUGAAUCGAGCCAAAGCAAAUCUAGCCGUACCAGAAAGAUGAAUCAAAUGUAACCAGUUUGUCGGUAUUUCUUCGCCACUGCCUGCAUUGCCUUUCAAUUCAUAUUUUGAUCUUCUUUUUAAAGUCAGGAUUUAUAUCAGUGGCAUCCAUUAAAAUGUUGAAUACAUGCGUUUCUUUCAGGAAUGUGUGAAUUGUUUAAAAUAAAUACGGUUACGGUUCUCAUUGGGAAAAUGCAGACCUGGGUUGUUCUGUGUAACAUCAUCUCCACUUUGAACUGGUCCUUUUCAGUUCCUCUAAAGCUGGCACAUAUAUUCCUUCUGUUGAUGAUAAUUGAUUACCCGUUUGGGGUUUAAAUCCAUGUUUUGGUUUAUUGAGGUGAAUAAUUUUAUCUGUCUGUACUAACCAUUGUGCCUAUCCUGACUUCCUUUAAGACAUGAUAGAUGUUAAUUUCACACAAACCUGAUGCCUUAUAAAUUUCUGCCUGCCUUGCUGCAUUCAUAAUUUUUUUUCAUGAGAGAUACAACCUAUUUUAUUAUGACCAAAAAUGUAUUCUUAAAUUUAUCAGAAAUGUUUGUGGAGGGAAAUGUUAACUCUGACCCCACUGAUUAUCUGGACAGGAGAUGACAGUGUGUCCGAUUUUAAAAGUUGGAUUGAUUUAACUAACAUUUAUAUCGCA